UGUACCCGACAAGUUCGUUCGUACGUACGCACGCGUCCCGCUCACGGCCGACGAGUGUAAUAAUAAGUGAUUGUGAAAUAAAGUUUGAAAAACUUUCAAAGUUUUUGAUUGUCGUAAAAAUUAUAAAGAAAGUAAUGUAUUUAUUUUCUUUUUUUAACCGUGAGUUUAAAUGUGAUUAAGUUAACGUUAAGUUAUGACCAUGUACUUUGUAAACUUACUUUAUAGGGCCCAUAAAGUUGAGUGAACUUUCGUACCUUCGUAACGUUUGGAAUCGCGCAAAUCCCACAGGUGUGUUGUGAGAGUUAAAAUCCUAGCAACCAGUUCAAAAAUGCAGUUUUGUUUAAGUAUCUGUUUGACUAACACAUAUUUUUGUCAUGAAACAAAUUCAGAAACAAAAAGUUUUGUGCAAUUGUAAGUGGUGAGCAAAUACUUUAUAUCGGGUUAUGGAAGAAUUAGAACGGUUACUAAAGAUGUAUUCGAGGAAAUUAAUUGGGAUCCUGUUAACAAUAUAUUGUUUUAUACAAAUUAUAAAUGCUGCAGAAACUUCAGCACAAACGCAGCCGCCGCGGUUCAACAUGCAACCCUCGUCCUUAAAUAGCAUAGUACGAGAAGGCACGUCCAAGAUAUUGCAAUGCUCCGCAGUCGGAAUACCGCAGCCGAUGUACAGGUGGUUAAAAAACGGCGUACCUCUGAGUGAGUACUCGACGGACAUCUUCUACAAGAUUCACAACACGCAACGGCAAGACGCGGGCGCCUACCAGUGCAUAGCCAAAAAUGACGUCGGUGCUAUCUUCAGCGAAAAGAACAAUAUUGUUGUCGCAUAUAUGGGUGUGUUCGAAAGCAAGAUAGUACAAGAAGUGGCAGUUGACUCGGGUAAGGCUGCUAUUUUAGAUUUCCCCCACAUUGACUCAGAACCACCUCCUUCAGUUAACUGGCAGGACGAGAAUGGUGAGCUGAGAUAUGACCAAAAAUAUGCCGUAACCGAUGACCACAAGCUUGUUAUACUGUGUGCUUCAAAAAACGACGAGAGGUCUUAUAGGGCCCAAGCUUUUAACACCCAAUCUGGUAAAGUAGAAAAUAGUCCAUACAUAAAACUGAACGUCCUUGGAGAUGAUACCAAAGAAAUAGCUCCAGAAAUAAUUAUAAAACCAAAAGACACAAAGAUAAUAAAGGGCCAAGAGUACAGGAAUCUAUAUUGCAUCGCAAACGCAAGGCCAUUGCAUGAAUUAGAGACGUUAUGGUUCAAAGAUGGCGUCUUAAUUGACAUUGCUGGCAUUACUUAUGACUUGAACGACCAGUGGAACAGGACCCUCAGUCUCAUAUCGGCUAACUUGACUCAUACUGGCCAGUAUACAUGUCAAGCUAGAUUAAAAAGUGGUGGAUUCGCAACGGUGACUGCAUCGGCUACAGUCACUGUGUUCGAGAAACCCACCAUGUUGUCGUCUUUGAAGUCGGAGACUUAUGGCGAAUUCGGGAAUACUGUAGUCUUAGAAUGUAACGUGGAAGGUAUACCAUUACCUAGUAUCACGUGGUACAAAGAUGCAAAAAAAAUAGCAAGCGUUGGUGCCGAGGUAGGGGAGACCGACAAUGGUGACGUAGAUGACGGCGGAGGCAGGUACCGAGUAGAAUUGGACCGAUCGCUUAUCAUAAACGAUCUAAAAAUGGAGGACAUGGGAAUAUACCAAUGCAUUGCGAGCAAUGAAGCCGGGGAAGCGUCCAUAAACACUUGGCUGAAGAUCAAAACGUCCCCGCCAGUAAUGCAGAGCGCGCCUGCCAACCUGACCGUGCUGGACGGCAAGGACGCCACCAUCAGCUGCCGGGCCAUCGGCGCACCCACGCCUAACGUCACCUGGUACUUCAACGAUUCUCUUAUAAUCAAGUUGUCGGGGCGGCUGCAGGCGCUGGAUGAAGGAGACCUGUUGAUUACGAGCACGACGACUGCUGAUAGCGGCAAGUACACCUGCAUUCGGGCCAACGAUGCAGGCAACGUCUCCGGCGAGGCAUUCCUCACUGUACUAGUGCGGACACAAAUAAUAGCACCGCCUGUGGACACACGCGUUCUGCUGGGGCAUACCGCCACGCUGCAGUGCCGCGUCUCCAGCGACCCUAACGUCAAGUAUAACAUCGACUGGUUCCACAACAAUCAGCCGAUGACGGCGGGUUCGCGCGUGUGGAUAACGGGCGAGGGCGCGCUCAAAGGUAACUCUGAGAGCGAGAACGAGAGCGUGCGCUCGGAGCCGCACUCGUUCGUGAACCAUUACGCGAACGUGAACGACACGCUGCGGCAGUCGUGGAAGCGGCAGCGGCCCGUGCGCAAUUACUCCAGCUACACGGACUCGGAGCCCGAGGGCAGCGCCGUGCUCAGCCUCAACGGCGGACAGAUCGUCAUGAACAACAUGGCGCGCUCGCGGGCCCCGCUGCCCGGCUUCUCCUCCUUCGUAUGA